AUGGCUAGUUACUAUAUUGAAAAUGCCCACCCAGGCGACCAAGAUAAAACUGAAGAUUGGCGAAUCAGGGGCUACAAUCCUCUUGUUUCGCCCGACUUGCUACAGCACGAAAUAGCGCAAACGCCUGAGUCAAGAAAGACAGUCAUCAAUGGCCGAAAAGAGAUCGUAGAAACGGUGAAUGGCACAGAUAAACAAGAUCGCCUACUUGUUAUCAUUGGGCCAUGCUCUAUCCAUGACCCUAAGGCUACUCUUGAAUACUGCCACAGGCUCAUCAAGCUCAAGAAGAGAUAUGCCGCUGACUUACUUAUUGUGAUGCGUGCUUACUUAGAGAAGCCACGCACAACGAUCGGCUGGAAGGGACUCAUUAAUGACCCAGAAAUUGAUGGUAGCUUCAAGAUAAAUCAAGGCUUACGCAUUGCAAGGAAAUUAUUCGUUGAUUUGACCUCUGCGGGGAUGCCACUUGCAAGUGAAAUCCUUGAUACGAUUUCCCCACAAUUUCUAGCGGAUCUUUUAUCUGUUGGUGCUAUUGGUGCUCGAACAACUGAAUCUCAGCUGCAUCGUGAGCUUGCAUCUGGUCUUUCAUUCCCAGUUGGCUUCAAAAACGGCACCGACGGGACUCUGAGCGUAGCUAUUGAUGCAGUUGCGGCCGUUCGACAUCCGCAUCAUUUUCUUUCAGUGACUAAACCAGGAGGUGUGGCAAUUGUCGGAACAAUCGGAAAUGAAGACUGUUUCGUUGUUCUACGGGGUGGGACAAAGGGAACCAACUAUGAUGCUAAGAGCAUUGCGGACGCCAAAGCUGCUUUAGAAAAGGCCAACAUGCGUAAGAGGCUAAUGGUUGACUGCAGCCAUGGAAAUUCUUUGAAAGACCAUCGCAAUCAGCCCAAGGUAGCAAGGGUGCUGGCAGAUCAGAUAGAAAUGGGCGAGAUGGGUAUUAUGGGUGUCAUGAUAGAGAGCAAUCUAAAUGAAGGUAACCAAAAAGUACCCGAAGAAGGCGCAUCUCAUCUCAAGUAUGGAGUAAGCAUUACAGACGCAUGUAUUAACUGGGAAGAUACCGAGAUUGUCCUCGAGAUGCUUGCCACAGCUGUCGCUAAACGCCGAAUAUUGGUAGCUAGUCGAACUGAGUCUAGUAAAUGA